GGUUCCACCUGAGCGGUACAGUGACGGAGCCGGCAGUGGGGGCGGAGCCUGAGCAGGUGUGCAGCGUGGCCAUCAGCUUCGACCGCUGUAAGAUCACCUCCGUCACCUGCGGCUGUGGGAACAAGGACAUCUUCUACUGCGCCCAUGUGGUGGCGCUGUCGCUGUACCGCGUGCGCAGGCCGGAGCAGGUGAAGCUGCACCUGCCCAUCUCAGAGACACUGUUCCAGAUGAACCGAGACCAGCUGCAGAAACUGCUGCAGUACCUGAUCAGCGUUCACCACACACAGGUGCUGCCCACCGCACAGAGACUGGCGGACGAGAUCCUGUCGCAGAACUCGCAGAUCAACCAGGUGCACGGGGCCCCGGACCCCACCGCAGGGGCCAGUGUGGACGAUGAGAACUGCUGGCACCUGGAUGAGGAGCAGGUGCAGGAGCAGGUGAAGGUGUUCCUGUCUCAGGGCGGAUACCACGGCUCCGGGAAACAGCUCAACCUGCUGUUCUCUAAGGGCGCUCUGUGGAUGUGUAUUGUGCUCAAUCCUCACUGUAAGCGGGAGCAGAAGGCCUCGUGGCUCCGGCAGCUGAAGAAGUGGAACGGUGUGGACGUGUGUCCCCUGGAGGACGGUAACCACGGCAGCGAGCUGCCCAAUCUAACCAAUGCCCUGCCUCAGGGUGCGCACGGCAACCAAGAUUCAGCUUCCCGCCCGCACCGGACCGUCUUCACGCGCGCCAUCGAGGCCUGCGAUCUGCACUGGCAGGACACACACUUACAGCACAUCAUCAGCGACGACCUCUACACAAACUACUGCUACCACGAGCACACUGAAAACACACUGUUCGACGUGCGCGGAUGGCCCCUGUGGCACGAGCACGUCCCGACGGCCUGUGCGCGUGUGGAUGCGCUGCGCUCUCAUGGUUAUCCUCAGGAAGCUCUGCGAUUGGCCAUCGCUAUCGUCAACACACUGCGGCGGCAGCAGCAGAAACAGCUGGAGCUCUUCCGCAACCACAGGAAAGAUGUGCUCCAUAAAGGCGUGACGUCCAUCACCAACCUGGAGGGCUGGGUGGGUCACCCUCUGGACCCCAUCGGGACGCUGUUCAACACUCUGAUGGACACGGGCCGGGGGGAUGAGGACACCUCCCACUGCACAUUCCUGGACUUCUCAGCCGGCUCCAGCAGGCACAGUGAGCUCUUGUUUCCGUCUGCGCGGCGGUUCCUGGAGGACGGAGAGUCGUACCUGGCGCUGGCAGUGGAGACGGCGCUGAUGGGUCUGGGGCAGCAGCGGGUGAUGCCCGACGGUCUGUACGCCCAGGAGAAGGUCUGCCGCAACGAGGAGCAGCUGAUGGCCAAACUGCAGGAGGUGGAGGGCGGGCCCUACAGCGGUCUGGGAGAGCUGGUCUACAGAGAGAGCGUCCCCAUGCACACCUUUGCCAAGUACCUGUUCACAAGUCUGCUACCUCACGACGCCGAACUGGCCUAUAAAAUUGCACUGAGAGCGAUGCGGUUACCCGUGCUGGAGUCGUCCGCGAGUGUGUCGUCUGAUCUGACGCGUCCUCAUCAUCUGGUGUCGGUGGUGCCGAACCGUUACCCGCGCUGGUUCACACUCAGCCACAUCGAGACACAGCAGUGUGAGCUCGCAUCCACCAUGCUGACUGCUGCUAAAGGGGACGCGCGGCGGCUGGAGACAGUAUUAGAGUCCAUCCAGAAGAGCAUCCACUCGUCUUCACACAUCUUCAAGCUGGCGCAGGACGCCUUCAAGAUCGCCACACUGAUGGACACACUGCCGGACAUUACCCUGCUGAAGGUGUCACUGGAGCUGGGCCUGCAGGUGAUGCGCAUGACUCUGUCCACACUGAACUGGCGGCGGAGGGAGAUGGUGCGCUGGCUGGUCACCUGCGCCACUGAAGUGGGUGUGUAUGCUCUGGACAGCAUCAUGCAGAGCUGGUUCACCCUCUUCACCCCCACUGAAGCCACCAGUCUGGUUGCGAGCUCGGUGAUGUCCAACAGCAGUGUGGUGCGCCUGCGGCUGGACGGGCACCAGCAGGAGAACCUGGCGGGCAGCGCUCGGACCCUGGCCCUGCAGUGCGCCAUGAAGGACCCUCAGAACUGCGCCCUGUCCGCGCUCACGCUGUGUGAGAAGGACCACAUGGCGUUCGAGACGGCGUAUCAGAUCGUGCUGGACGCCGCCGCCACGGGCAUGAGCUACACGCAGCUGUUCAUCAUCGCCCGCUACAUGGAGCACCGCGGGUACCCGCUGCGGGCGUACAAGCUGGCCACGCUGGCGCUGGCGCACCUCAACCUGAGCUACAACCAGGACACACACCCGGCGAUCAACGACGUGCUGUGGGCGUGCGCGCUGGCACACUCGCUGGGCAGGAGCGAGCUGGCGGCCGUCGUCCCCCUGGUGGUGAAGAGCGUGAAGUGCGCCACGGUGCUGUCCGACAUCCUGCGGCGCUGCACGCUGAGCUCGCCGGGCGCCGCGCCGCUGCACGCCCGCAGGAACGCCAGCAAGAUGCUGUCGCUGGAUAAAGCGCCGCUGCGGCAGCUGCUGGACGCCACCAUCGGCGCCUACAUCAACACCACACACUCGCGGCUCACACACAUCAGCCCGCGACACUACAGCGAGUUCAUCGAGUUCCUCAGUAAAGCGCGCGAGACCUUCCUGAUGGCGCAGGACGGACAUCUGCAGUUCACACAGUUCAUAGACAACCUCAAGCAGAUCUACAAGGGCAAGAAGAAGCUGAUGAUGCUAGUGCGCGAGCGCUUCGGCUAGCCCACGCCACGCUAACCGCACAACCGCUCCGGUAUUAUGUGUACAGACUCAACACAGUGGAACGCUGUCAUGUCUGCCUGUGUGUGUGUAUAUAUGUGUGUGUACGCAAGUGUGUGUGUGUGUGUGUGUGUGUGUGCACACACACACACACACACACACACACACACACACACACACACACACUUUAUAUUCACUCAUUCUCCCCCACACACACACACACACACACACACACACACACACACACACACACACACACACACACACACACACACCACACACACACACACACACACUCACUGUGUGUGUGUGUGUGUGUGUGUGUGUGUGUGUGUGUGUGUGUGUGUGUGUGUGUGUGUGUGUGUGUGUCUGUUGACAGUUGUAUAUGUGACACACACACACACACACACACACACACACACACACGUGC